UGAAUCAUCUGCAAGGAAACUGUUCUCUGAGUUGAUUGAUCUGAGUGAAGCAUCCUCUGAUCCAGUACUUCCAAGGCCUGCUGUCAAGGGAAUGAAACAAAAGGAAGAGUGUAAAGUUCAUGGAUGAUAAACUGUCUCAAGAUGUUGAGAUGAUGAGAGGGGAUUGGAUGUGUCUUAAAUGCAAUUUUUUGAACUUCUCUAGAAAUAUCCGAUGCCUAAAAUGCCAGGAAGAUGGCCCUAAAGGAGCUGCAGGUGAUGUUGAAAUGAAAAAGGGGGACUGGACUUGUCCUGAAUGCAAUUUCAUGAAUUUUUCUAGAAAUAUACGUUGCCUGAAGUGCAAAGCAGAGGGGCCAAAGAGGGUUAGUGCAGCGGAGGUGGAAAUGAAAAAAGGAGAUUGGAACUGCCCGCAGUUCGAGUUCAUGAACUUUGCCAGUAAUAGGAAGUGUUUGCGCUGCCGAGAGCCACGGCCUAAAAGACAGCUAAAUCCUGGAGAAUGGGAAUGCCCCUCAGAACGAGCAACUUCUGAGUAUGAAGAGCAUUUAUGGAGGCGGCCUUAUUAGUAGUAGUAUCAGAAGCGGCUUCAUUGAACUUACCCAACUCAUGGAUCAUGAUGCUUGGACGCAUGUAAUCUCAGGUUGAUCAAGUUCAUUCCGAUGUUUCUCUCUGCUCACUGCAACCUGAUAUUGCACUCUAUUUUGUCAAUUUUGAUUCUCCCCAGGAUUUUUACAAAAU